GGCUCGGAUCGGCUCGGCCGUGGUCUGACCCAGUCCGAUCCGGGGGAAGGUGUCCCCCUCUCUGCGUGCUGCUUGCUCCGUCAUCCCGUCGCGCCGGAAAAGGCAGAGCAGGAGAAAAAGGAGGCGUUGCCCUCCAAACAACACAUCAGCUGCAAAUUUAUGCAAAACAGAGAAACAGAGAAACAGUGAGAGCUGCUGAAGCUGAAGCUGAAGCUGAAGCUGCUGCUGCACAACACGGAGCAACAACUGCACGACCCGGAGGCCUGCUCCGCCGCUCCGACACGUUUUGCAGCGGGCAGCCGGUGCAGAGGAGGAGGGAAGGCUGAGAAACCCGGCCCCGGUGACGCAGCCAUGGAGACGGAUGGAGAGCAGAACCAGCAGGCGGCCUCGACCAAUGGGAGCACUGCAUCUGGGACGAGCUCCCGCCCCUCCCCGAUGAAUUCAAUGUCUCUGUAUGAAAGACAAGCCGUGCAGGCCCUGCAGGCGUUACAGAGGCAGCCAAACGCAGCUCAGUACUUCCAGCAGCUGAUGCUGCAGCAGCAGAUCAGCAACGCACAGCUGCAGAACCUGGCAGCCGUGCAACAGGUAAAGGCUACUCUGGCUGCCAGCCGUCAAUCAAGUCCUUCCAGCAGCAGCUCUUCUCAGACCACCAGCACCACCGCCGCCAUCGUAACAUCUGGAUCAGGGUCGACAACCAGCAGCCGUCCUAUGGGCGCCUCGGCAACGUCCACAAUCAGCCAAUCUGUGCUGCUGAGCGGGACGGCGGGGGGGCAGGGACAAAUGUACCUGAGGGUCAACCGCUCGCUGAGGGCGCCCAUCUCCUCACAGCUCAUCUUUAUGCCCGGCAACACAGCAACCGCUGCCGUGGCGACCGUCACCCAGCAGCCACAGGCUCAGCAACAGCAACAACAGGAAGUGACUCCGACUUCCUCUGCUAGCAGCCAAUCGGAUAACGACCAGGUGCAGAACCUGGCCAUGCGAGGUGUGUCCGGUACCAAAGGUGUUGGUGUUAAGACUGAAGCCCCAGAGAGGAGCGACUCAGCUGCCUACUCACUGGUCCAGCCCUCCCACCAGUCAAACUCCCAGUCCCCCACCAAGCCAAACCAGCCUCAGCCACAGCCGCCCCACAUCAAAAUCCCCACGUACCCUCAGCCCACCAACCUCAAAGCCCACCCUUCCUCCUCUUCUGGUGCCUCCUCCUCGUCCUCCACCUCCUCCAUCCCUCUCUCCCAGCUCUUACUUCAUGGAACUCGGACUCUCGCUACAGGAACCACAGCUCCCACAGCAGCGCACACACUGGUCCUAACGUCCAGCGCGGCGUCCCAGCCCCACGGAUACCCCGUCGGCACGGCGACCAUCAAACCAGCGGUCAACGCUCAGACUCUGGUGGUGCAGCCCCUGCAGAAGACCUCACUCAGUGUGGAGAAAUCCGGCCACGGCAAUGGACCCAUCCCCAUCCAACCCAAAACUCUGCAGGGGCUCCGCCUGCCCCUUCAGCUGCCUUCCAGGAACCCUCCUCCCAUCCUGCCCGCCCCGCCACCUGCCAGCGGCUCCACCCAGCCCCCUCAGCCGCCGCACAUCCCGGUCCAGAUCGUUGGGGCAAGGCAGAGCACACUUGGAAACACCCAGGCGCUGGCUCUGGCCCGGGGCAGCUGCUGCCAGGACGGAGCCGCCGUCCUGAGCAGCUCGUCCAGCCUGCUCACCAUGGUGGCGUCCAUCGCUUCCAGGGAGGGCGGAGUCGUGGGGCGAGGGGUGGGGCUAAAGACACUUCAGUCGCCCCAGGAGGCUCCUCCGUUGGCUCAGGUCUCUCAGGUGCAUCCGCAGGCCAAUCAAAGCUCUGGACAGAGUCAGAACGGACCGCUGGCUUCGAACUCGUCCUCCUCCCAGUCGCCCACCGUUUCCUCUCCUCCGGCCUCGAUCCCUCGCGCCUCGCUCUCCCUCCCCUUGGCGGCUGAAGAGCAGAGGGGAGCAUCUGCCGGUGUGACCACCAAUGGAGACUCAACGGGAAGUCAGACGCCACAGGGAAAGCAGCUGACCGGCUCCCUUAAAAGAAAAUCCGACUCUAAUUCAGCCAAUGAUGAAGAUGGUCCCUCCCCUCCACGGCUCCAGCCAGUCAGAGAUCACCCCUCGACACUCCUGACCAUUCCCAACGAAGCAGGCUCUGCUGCUCCUCCCCCAGCCUCCUCCUCUCCCUCCCCGGUGCUGGCAGUGUCCCGCGGGGUGUGCGGCCAAGGGGAGCGAGCUCCACCCCCUCAAGCUGUGGUUAAACCGAACGUCCUCACACACCUCAUAGAGGGCUUCGUCAUCCAGGAAGGGGCAGAGCCUUUCCCUGUAUGUGGUUCGGUAAAGGACUCGACCGGUGAGGAUUUAACUAACGACAGUCCGGACACUAACCAAUCAGAGACCGUUACGACAGCGACAGUGCUGAAGUGUGAGUACUGUAAAAACUUUGCUCCUGCCAGCCAGUUCAGAGGCACCAAAAGGUUCUGCUCCAUGUCUUGUGCCAAAAGUAUGUAUUGGUUCCCCAGGUACAACGUCAGCUUCAGGCAGCACUUCUGCAUGCGGCAGGGUCAAGGUCAAGCUCACGCUCCGGAUCAGGAUCGGGGUCAAGGACACCUCUCCAACUCGGACGAGGAGGGAGGGAUCGCCAGGCGACGGGUUCCCCGCAGGACUAGCUCAGAAAUAGCCAGUGCCAAGAUAGCAGGGAGACCCAUACCUGUCAAGUGCCGCUCAGAGUCCAGCCAUUCAGAGGAGGAGUCCAGCGGAGAGGACGAUGAAGAUGACCCCAUGUCCCUCUCGCCCGCCUCCUCGGCCUCGUGCCACCAGCCGCCUCCUCCGCUCCCGACGGAGAGCUCGGCGCCCAGCUGCCUGCCCGCUAGCCCCGGCCAGUGGAGCGUGGAGGAAGUGUCACAGUUUAUUUCCUCACUGCAAGGCUGCGAGGAGCUCGCCUCCCAGUUCCUGUCGCAGGAGAUUGACGGACAGGCCCUGCUGCUGCUCAAGGAGGAGCAUCUCAUGUCCACCAUGAACAUCAAGCUCGGUCCUGCCCUCAAGAUCUGCGCCCACAUUAACAAUCUGAGAGACUGACGUGUUUCCAUUAAAAAUCCACCGUGUUCAAAGUCAAGCCCCGGGCAUUUACCCCGAAAAGCUCCUGGUCCAGUUGAGAUAUGGAACUGGUUCCAGAGCAGGUGAAUGUAUGAGGUACAGUUCAUAUUUUAGGGCUGCAGCACUUGAAUCUGUUCGUUCACUCUUGGCCACAUUUUCAAAUGUAGUUCUUCUCGCACAGGAGUUUUGUUACAGUUCCUCUCAAACCUGUGACGUCUGUGAGUUUCAAACACCGCACACACGUUUUCUCUAAAACGCUCUUUCUGCGCAAACUCUGCUCUUGUAGUCAGACAUUUUUAUCAAGGGAUUUCUUUUUACUUUUUAGAUGCACAAUUUUAGUCUUGCAAAAUGCAGAAAUUUGAGGUUUUGAAUGUAUUUUUUAGUGCUUGUGUAAUCAGGGUUGGUACUUGCACAGGAUUCCCACGUUUUUUCCGUACAAACAGGCUUUCACAGGUCGUUUUUUUGUUACAUUUUUCUGCUGAAAACAUUCAAAAGGAAAGACGAACACAUUGCUUUUCAUUCAUUGUAUCAUAUUGUACAGGAAAAGUUUUAUUUUUGAAAGAUCCGCCCACUUCUAUGACUUUUUUCUCGUGUUUAAGAACAGCGUUGGUUCUCGUGUAGAUUUCUCCUCAACUGAUUUAAGCCACAAUCAGCAAACCAAGAGAAUUAGGGCAGAAAUGCAGCAAAGAAACGAGCAGAAUUUAGACUAAAAUCAACCCAGUUAUUAUUUUCAAGACGUAUUUUGUAAGGAAAGUGCGCAGGUGAUGUAAAACUUACAAAAUAUGUCAUGAUCUGUUAUUGAAUGGUGGCACCUUUAUUGUGAAAGCGUCCUGCUCUAACAGUUUACAGGGUACAGUUGAAGUACAGGGUACUGAAUUAAACCUAAAUCCCCAAAAAGGUUCAGAGAGCAUUUCACAUUUCAAGUGAGGCGAUAUUGCAAAAAAUACUGAUGUUGCGUCCAGUUUUCUCACGAUGAGACGCGACUCCGAAACUCUUUUCACAUUAUGUUCACAUUUGCUCAGGAUCUCGAGGAGAUCCAGUUUUUUUUAAGUUUUUUAACGGAGGACUUGCUCUUAAAAAAAACGACCGUAACCUGCAAAAUCUGUGACUAUUCGUCCUGUCUGAAUUCUUUUUUCUUUUUGUCAAAUGGUACAACCAGCUGCUCCUGGUCUUUACAGAAGUUACAUGUGUGAGUGAAGGGUAACGUCACGGGCUUGAUUUUGUGAAGUCGAAAAUAAAAACAGAUGAAGAAUAAUAAGAAUUUUAAAAAAAGAAAGCGACGUGAUAAAAGUGAUGAUAAGCUGUCGGUUUGAAGUGUCUUUAAGCUACGUUUGCAAACAAAAACCAGGACGUCCGUGAAGAAAAAUGUGGACCUACGUUUAGGAUGGAUGGAGGGAAAACAAAACAAAUCCUAGCUGUAUGAAUGAAUGUGUGCGCGGAUGAGAAAAACCUUAAACUAUACUGUAAUAAGUGUAAAAAAUGCCUUUAUAUUUAAAUGCACAUUUGUUUGCUGGACUGCCUUGUUUGAGCUUUUUACCGUAGGAGUUUUUCUCAUGUUCUCUCUCUGUGAACCUUGUGGCCUUUCUCACUAGUCUCUACGAUAGGUUUAGAUGAGGAUUGUCUGUUUUUUAACUGCUUUUCAUAUCAUUCCUUGUUUUAUAUAUUAGUGCUUACUUUUUUACAAUUUGUUAUUUCAAGCAAUGACAUCCGUUGCCUUUCCCAAAAAGCGUGACUGAAUAGUAGCUCCCUUGAUCAAAGGAAACUUGCUGUCUUCCUCAUAGCUUUGUCACAUAGCGUGUUAACUUACCAACAGUAUUUACCUUUCUAGCUAGAGAUCUUUGGCUUUAUUGUUAGUGACUGUGGCUAUUACAGUAAUUUUUUUUCUUUCAAGAAGGAUAAUAAUCUUUGAUAGCUGUGUGUUUAUAUGUCAUAGUCGCCCCCAGGAUUUUGGAGUGUUUUAAAAAUCAGCAUAUUGUGAAACAAAAAAAAAAAAAAAAAAAAAGUGAUGUGAGCCACAAUUUCUUAGUCAAAUCUGUGUAACGUUCGUUAACAAGCAGACUGUUUUUGUUCCCAUCGUACUCGCACUUUUCUCACAAAGUAAGUAGAUUUCUUUUUCUUUUGUUUCUUUUAUUUUUAUAAAUAAGCUACUUCAGAAUCAAAAUGUGUUUGCUUGCAAUAAUCAGAAAAAAAACUGCAAAAUCUUGGGAGGGACUGAGUUUGACGUGGAGAGGCUAAUAAUACUAUCAUGCAAAUAAAUAAUCAAGGAACUGUUUUAAAAA